CUUGCUUUACAGUUGCAAGCGAUGAAUCUGAGUCGUACAAUGCAACACGUGGCCCUGGUGUGACCUGAAAACCUUUGAUUCACAAAUACAACAAACCAAGUAGCCUACUCUAAGAAAACUGUUCCCAGGGUUUGUAACCUCUCUGUCAUUUCGCUGCUAGCAAUUUAAUACUUAAAGCCGUUUCAAGACCCAUUUGAAAUUAUAAAAAGUCAAAAUAAUCCCAACAUAGCUGCUCUCUUCGAUUACCGUUUUGAGCUCAACAGAGAGCACGGAGUCCUUGAGACAUGGACAAUAUGGCUCUAAUGAAUGCUCCAAUGCUACACUUUAAGAAUUCUGCUCUCUUUGGAAUCCAUCCAAAAUCGUUUGUUUGCUUUCAGGCACAGAGUAGAAGUAUAACUAAGAAGCCAUUACUGGUGGAAGCCAGAGGUAGAGCAAAUACUAGAACAGAAAGUGCAAAAAUUCGGAACAGAAGGAUGCUGAAAAAGUAUAAUGGAACAGCUACACAUCCGAGGCUUUCGGUAUUUUGCUCAGAUAAACAACUAUAUGCAAUGCUUGUAGAUGACAAAAAUAGGAGUUGCUUGUUCUAUGGAAGCACGCUGCAGAAAUCCAUCCGACAAGAUCCUUCUUGUAGCACUCUUGUAAGUAGUAUUAGUAGUCCACCUUUUCUUAUAAACAAACAUUGCAUGGGGCAGGGAAUGCAUGUUUUACCUUUUAUUUUCGGGAAUAUUAGGAUGAGAAAAUAUAUUACUGGUUUAUCUAUUAAAGGGGCAGGUAUUCAUAUUUCCUCUGGAAUAAAACUUAUAAUCUACAGUAACUACCCAUCUCUGCCACAUUCUUCUUUAACUCUUUUUCGCUUUUAUUUUUUAUUAGAGAUAAAUUAUAUAUAUAUAUAUAUAUAUUUUUUCUUUUUUUUGUCUAAAAUUACUAAAUAUCAACCAAACAUGUCUAUUGGAAUAAUAUUAUUACAGGUUUAAAUGCAUUUAGUUCCCAUAAUAAAAUAAAUAA